GGAACGUUACUCGAAACACGCAUGCACGUCCAAGGAUGUGCGAUCGCGCGAGGGUACGGUGCGGCAAACUCGCACACGUUAGCACCAGCAGCCGCGUAUCGAGGCGAUCGGUACGCGGGAGGAAGGAUAACCGGAAAAAAUCCUGACGGAGCAUCGCACGGCCAGGCCGCCUAAGGUGAGGCUCGCUCCUGCGUUCCUCACCGGCGGCGCCAGGUGUUUUCGGCCGCGGCCGUGUGCGAGCGAGCGAGAGAGCGAGUGCGCAGCGCGCGCGUAAAAUAGCCGCGUUGGAUCGCGCUGAAUCAACAGGUAGAUCGGCGGGUCGGUAUGCGUGGGACGUCGUGCGCGGCACGGUCUCUCGUAGCGCCGGGAUUCGCCGCGGGUCCCUGCGAAAGAUGCAGUGCGCGAGCGAGCAUCGCAACGACACGCCACCGCGGCGAGGACGACGACGAGUCUUAGGGGGCGACUUGAGAUCGGCAGCCGACGGACAGCGGGAGGGAGCGGCGCUCCGGGUGGAGACGCGCGUUCUCUAAACUCGCGUGCUCGCUCGCGCACGGGCGGAUUCCGCGCAUACCAACGCCGCUGGUCCAGCUUCCCCGCGAGCGGCGCGGCGGCCGCAUCGGGAGAGUGAUUUUUGUGAUCGCCGCUCUCGUCAAUGACACGCGCGGAAUGCGCUGAGCGAGCGCGCGAUCCCACGCUGCGCUGUACGCGCCGACAUUGUUGCGCGUCCGCCUCGUUACGCUGGGCCAUUUAAAAAUCGUCCGGACGCGACAGUGAAGUGCGAGAGUGCGCGAGAAUUUCGAAUGCGGCGCAGAACGAACGCGAGACUCGUCGACGUCGUUAGAGCGAUGUGCGUUUCGUCCCGGUGCAUAACGGACAAAUGAUCCCGCUCCUCGUGACACUGAACAUUGUUGCAUAUUUAUAAUCCUCUCUGCCAAAUUUCUUCUGGAAGUGAAGAGUGGAUUGAUAAAAGCAACAUAAAAAGAUUGCUAGGCAUUCCAAAUGGGCGAUAAAAGCCCAUUAUGGCCCAGUGUCAUCAAUCACAACAUCAGCACGAAUUUUUGCCCCUGUGCGACGUCCUAUUCAACAUUAUUUCUUUAGCAUCCUACUUUUGCGAUGUUGUCUUUGACUUUGCGAUGAUAUACUCUCUCGCCCAUCAAGCAAUAGCACCACCCGUGCUUUUUCCACUGAGCAUCACUUUCAUAGCUACUUCUUUGUUGAUCUCUCAAAUUGUCAGCUUACGGUGGUAUCUCUGGGGAGCCAGGGGUAAACUAACAAACAGCAAUGCGUCCGACUGCGACGUGAAUCCAGUGAAGAAAAUUGGCAACUGGGCUGUAGGCUACGUUCUCUUGCUCCAUUCUACCCAAAUUGGUGUGCUAUGGAGAUAUUUCAAGUUAUUUAUCCCAGUCAAUUUAACUUAUGUGAAGCAUGAGGUGAGGGAACUCUGUGUGUUACGGCUGAUACACGCGUUUUGCGAGGCCGCCCCGAUGCUGCUGCUGCAGCUGUAUCUCUAUCUAUCCAUCGACACCACUGACGGCGGUGAGAUAGAGGCCGGGAAACCAAAGGAAAGCGAGGACAAGGACGUCAGUAAAUUGGCCAAGUUGACGCUGGUGUCGGCAGGGUUCUCCUUGUGGAGCGUGUGCUGGGCGGUGGCCAGUUUCAGCAAAGGUGCCGCGCGCCUACGCAAUCUAGAACGCCUAGUGCUGACGUGGCUGGGGGUGCUGGCGCAGCUAUUCUGGCGUCUGGGAACCGUGAGCGCUCGUGUCGGAGCACUGGUUGCAUACGCUUCGCUGUACGGUGGACAAUGGUUGUUGAUCGUCAUGGCCCUACACUGGUUGACCAUGUUGACGUGGCUACUGCUCACGCCGGAUGGACUCUUCCACGGCGGCGAGCGCCUGCCUCUCCUUAGGAAGACUUUUCUCGCCUCUCUCCUCGCCUUCGUGUACAUAUUUGCAUACGUUAAUCUACAUGAAACAAAUCAUCGUCAGAAAAUGGUGAUAUUUUACACCGUGAUGUUCUUGGAAAACAGUUUGCUCAUCGGCGUGUGGAUGACCGGUGUUAACCGCGCUGACGUUUUGCCUCAGCAGCAGCAUUUACAUCCACUUACUCUAGCACUGACUCUUCUAGCUUUAUUUUUCGGUGGCAUGUUUUUCAUGGGUCUCUAUUACAGAUUUUUUCACGUGAGAAGAUUAAGGUACGAAGCUGGCGGAAGGAUGACAGGCUCGAAUCUCACGACGUUGUCCAAUCAGGACAAUGCGGAAGAGAAGCAAGUAGAUUACAACGAAGAGAAGAAGGUCAACAUCAGCAUCGGCAUGAGAAAAGUGAAAUUGAGCAACGGUGGUAUACCAGGCGUAUUCAAUUGUCGUUUCGCGAAUCCAACGGCUGUGAAUCCGAAUCGCAAGAAGAAGAAGCCGACCACCUUCGUACCUCCGCCGCCGCCGCAGCCGCAAACGGGCACGGUGAUGAAUUCCGUGACGGCAAUGGGAGAACCGAAGCAGUGGCUGAACGUGGGCAAUGGAUCGCGGCAAUUGAUCCCAUUUUGGAAGAAACCGCUGUCGACUAACAUAGUGCAGAACGACGGUUCCCAUGAGCGGAAAAGCGAAACUGACGUAGCGAUCAGUGGUUCGUUAAACGUCACCUUAAUACGGGAAAAAUUGAAAGAGAAGAAGCAGCAGCAACUGCGCGAACUGCGGGCCAUACAAGAGGAGAUCAAGGAGGGCAAAUUGUUCCCACCUCCGUCCGCAUCGACAUCCUCCUUCUCGUCCUCCCCCUCCGCCUCGAACCAGCAACCACCGCCGAACACGAAGCUGCAUACCUCUCCGAGUUCACCGUUAUUCACGUCCCCGCCGUCGUUCUCUGAGCAGAACGGCGGUGGCGCGUUGUCGUCCUGGCCACCCGUGAAGAUGCACUGCCUCUUACCGCCGCCGCCCUCCUCCCCGUACUAUCACAAUCCACACCCCUCGAAUCCAUGGAGAGUGGCGCCUCAACGAGAGCGAGCAGACACGCCGGAGAUACUGCUGGCACCGCGAUGCCUUCCGCAUCAUUAUCCUCAUUGGUCUCCGCCUGGACAUCUCAGUCAUAGACUGCACACGAAUCAAAAUGGAGCUGAGGAAAGUUCCAAGGGCGAAGGCGAGGGGGAGGCGGAGGUCAGCGAUAUGGAGGGUAGUCAGGUCUCGUUACCCAGAAGUUACACGCUUCCCCGCGAAUUUAAGUAUAAUCAUCCCAGCAACGCCGUGAGGGAACGAGAGCGUCGCGCGGGAAAUAAUAAAGUGCCACCUUCACGCUUUUAUUUGCCGUCCACUAAUAGCUCUGAUGGUGAUGUAGAUAGUGCCGAUAACGAGGAUGAGACGGAUUCGGAAGCGCAAAUUCGAACGAAGGCCAGUCACGCUCAUAAUCACGAUGAGGCCUUGCAGAGGCGUCACAUCUACGAAAACAACGAAGGGAACAACGUUCUCGAUACUAAUCCGGAAUGCGGCGCGUCCAAUAAUUGUUAUCCAAAUAAUUCUCACGGUGCCUUACGACCGAAUCAGUUGCUUAGAACUCGAGUGAAACAUGAAACGAAACUUUGAACUUUUAUUGUAACGCAUAAUUAUAAAUUUCGCCAUGACACGCACGCCUAGCGUUGAAAAAUCUCUUCAAAAAUUCGAUGUUUUAAGUAUUGAAAAGCCGUUGCCUCGAGACGUGUAAAUAUAUAAUUUGUAAUACGCUCACACGUAAACGUAUAUUUAAAAGCAUCUCUUUUGCUGGGAGUGUAUGCCUGCUUGCAAUACGAUACUUUACUCGCAAUAGAAAACUUAAUUUAAUAAUCUUAUUUCGUCGUGAUGUCGCGCAAUUGUGCAAAUAUGCAAUAUCACGAUCGAUCGAAUAUGUCUAGAUAAAUUUUAGAGAAGAAGACAUAUAGGGGAUAAGUAAUAAGUGCCUUAUUUUAAUAAAAUUAGUGUACGACGUGAAUGUUUUACAUGACACAUAAAGUUACCUGAAUAUACUAGAAAUCGCGCGUACACUUCUUGCUCUCGUACUUAUACAACGCAUACGCAACAAUAAAAAUUCGCAAUAACGAAUUUAAGGUAUUAUGAUAAGCUAUUUAAAGAGAUAUAUUCAUAUUUUGUUAUACAUUUGUAAAUAUACAAUCUUCCGAUAUUUCUUCUGCGUUCUUUCUAUUUUCCUUACAAUUUAUUUUUAUUUUUCUUUUUUCUGAAUUUUUUAUUCUUUACCUUGAAGUAUUUUAUGGAUAUUGUGGCAUGAUCAAUUGUAACGCGUGUACGCUUAUCGUGUUGUUUUGACACAUAUGCAUAAAAUAUGUUAUAAAUAGUUUUAUGUGCAUUAUAAAUACCUUUAUGCAUGAUAUUCGCUUCUUGCGAUUUGUAUAAAUAGGACGCAUUUUCCGGGACUGAUUCAGAACAUUAUUAACGUCCUACUUUGCGAACAUCUUGUUACUUUCCGCGAAAAUAUAUAUUUUCUCGUUAAAAUGAAGUGUCUAGUGAUUGUUUUAAUUGCAAUGCUCGCUGUUAAUGCCGUAACAGCUGCUUCUGAUAAAUUGCCACCUGACUGACGACUGCUGUCGUAACUUGGUAUGCUUGACAUAUCUGGCUAAAUGUAUUCCCGGUAAAAUUUCGAAUGAUGACAGACCUAUUGGAGAUGGACCUUUUCCUCCAGGAUAUCCAAA